GACCUGGAGGAGAGAGAACGUUUUCUUGGAGUCACACAUGGACGAACAGAAGCAACGUUGCAAACAUUACAGAGGGACAAUCGAUACCAAGAAGAGAAAGUGAAAGAGUUAGAAAAGAAGAUACGAAAUUUGGAGUUGGAAUGUAACUCUGAAGAAUCCAUGAAGGAGGCUCAUCGAAAAGCAUUUCAUGAUUUGAUUCGGCGAUUGUCUUCAGCUCUGGGUUUAGAAUAUUCCGAAGCCAUGGUUUCGUCUCCAGAGAGUUUGAUACACAAGACAACAGAAUUAGUACAG